GCCUUUGCUGUCGCAUUAGUCGCUAAAUUCAACGAUCAUUUAUUGCAUAAUAAUUCGUCUUGUCUAGACACUACAAUCUAACGUCUUACAUUACAAGCAAUAGCUAAUAGCUAACUGUUUAUACGUACGUUUUAUAUGGCAAUUGAAAAGCUGAAAAAUGCAAAUACUUCCCCUCCGUGGUCCUCAGUGAUAUCAAUCGCAAGGAUUAGACCCCUGUCGCUAGAGGAGAUGAUUCAGGAGAGACCCUGUGUUCUCUCUGUGAGCCGCGAGAACAAGAAAACAAAUGAUAUUUACAGUUGUAUGAUUACGAGACCUGAGAGUGAAUACACAAUUACUGUGUUGAGUGAGCCUCACCCAUUACGUUUCACUGUAAAUCACUGCUCCGAUUCACGAGGUUUAGAUUGCUCGUCUUAUGAUAUUGGUAAUGAGACCCUGCAUGCCAGGUUAAUGAAGCCAUUGCUGCAUAAGCAGAAUGUCUGUCUGUUUGUCUGCGGGUCAACGGGCUCUGGAAAAUCGUUUUCGCUGUAUGGAACUAAUCGUAGCCCCGGAUGCGUGUCACUUGUAUUAAAGCAGUACUUUGAAGCAGAUGAUUUUUUGGGCAGACGUUCUAUAUCCAUACAUACGCAUCAAUUCUUGCUUCAAAAGCAGCUGGGACGAUUACCUGAUGAUGACUGCUUCGAUGGUAAUUUGGUGCAUACGAAUACAUAUGAAAUCUCUACGUGGAAUGACUUUAUCCCAUUAAUCCCUUCACUAAAACAGCGUGAGAUAUAUUAUCCAAAAAAAGACGACUGCACAUGGAUUCGUCAAAGUACUUUCUUGUUUCAGCGAACAAACAAGAUUACGACAAAACUAGUGGUUAUCGAACUUCAAGAAGACGUUUUGAAACAAAAAAUGUAUAACAAUCAGUGUCCUCUGGGCGACUUAAACACAUAUAGUUCUAGACUUGCUCAAGCUGUUGCUUCAAAAAGACCAGUAUGUCUAAAGAUGACCUCUAAUAUGGGUACUCACAUCUACACGAAUGACUACAACGAGAUGCAACAUCUACUCAUCCUCUCCUGUCUCUCUCCCACUUCCUCUUAUGAUUCUGCACAGGUGCUCAACACAACACACCUCUGUGAAGAAAUGGCACGAUCAACGAUGAACCAAAAAAACCUACUAAAUACUUUUACUACGCAAGAAACGGAUACUACAAACCAAUUUUUCAAACCAGGAAAGCCCUCUAUGGCUUACAGUGUUGAGACAGCCAUUCGAAAUGAAAUACAAAAGUUAAACCAGUGUCGGCUUACUAAAACAUAAAUUACUCAUAACGAAAAUAUCCAUAAAUAUCUAUUUUUCGUAUACCCUUAGCAUGGCAUACAAAUUGGAAACUUGCUGCAUGUAUGAUUUUGCUGAGUCCAUAAGUGCAGGUGAAACAUUCGACAACAGGGUCCCAACCUUUUGAAAAUACUCAUCUGAGUAUGUUGUCGCACCGUUGACUUCCGUCUGUUGUACCUUUGAUUGAACGUAAGGGGUUGCAAGUUGAAACAACAGACAGAUAAAUACCUGGUCAAAUUCGACUUGUGCCUUCAAAAACUCACUUUCUGAUAACUCGUUCGUCUUUGUUUCUUCUAAUGAAACAAACAUUCGGAAGCCCAAUGUCGCAGCUAGAAUGCGUUUCAUUUGCGGAGAAAGAAUGUCCACGCCAAAUGAAUGAAUGGAGCGCAUUACCUUCCAUAGAGUUUCCGAAGUUGUUUGAUUUAUAGCAAUUAAAUCAGAGGCUUCAUCCCUUGUUUCUGGAAUAUCAGCCAGCUCCUUUUUCAAAUCAUCAGUGAAACUUUCCGUCACGGUGUUUUGCAGAUAAGUGCAGAAUUUAUGGCAUGCUUCCUCUUGCAAAUCAUCCAACUUUAAAACAGUUAAUCUGCUCUUAAUGUGUGAAAACUUGUAUAAUUGCCGAAGCAAACGCAAAAAGCGCACACUGACAGAAGGGAUACUUUCCUUCGAAACUCUUUCCAACGAGCUGUGAUACUGAUUCUGAAGAGUUAUGAAAAACAGUUCGAAUGCAUCGUUAAGUAUACUGUCAUAACGUUCACACAAACCAAUAAACAGAUUGGUGGAAGCAGAUGGAGAGGAUAUGGUUGUGAUACCCGAAAACUUUAAGCUUUGGAUUUCUUGCAAAGCGCAAUUUGUAGUCUCAAGUGAGUUAUUGAAAGCGAAAAGCUCUUGAUAAAUCUUUGUUAAAGCAUCAUCAAAGCCCAAGACAGAUGCAAAAUGACCACGUAAACUAGUAAGGUUCCAUUCAACCGUUUCGAUUGAAAACGGAGCCUUGCUUUGGUGCUGGUAAGUCUCCAAUACAUCUGUACAAACCUUACACAAAGAUUCCGUUGCACGACUCACCAUAUCGUUUAUAACAGUUUCCAACUUUGCUUGGAAGGAAGAACGUAACUGAGAGUUCCAAAGUUCUUGAAACAAUCCUUCAUACUCCAAAUCGAUAGAUUGAAAAAGUGAGCG